AACGGGACAAAGGGACGACAUUGGAAACUCGAGAUUGAUAAUACGAAAAAUUGUCUGCUAAUUUCUACCGCUUCGUAAUUUGUUGACUCAUUGCGCUGCGCAUAAAAAUACGUCGGUCCCGUGCACUGUUGUCUGUGCUGUGAGGAGAAGUUUUUAAUCUGAUUUGAUAUUCUUCGACGAAAAUUGUCAAAAUGCCGGACCACUUGGGUGAUGAUAUGCGAAAAACAAAAACUGAGGAUAAAGAUGAUAAACCUAUACAAUCCCUGGAUGAAGGAGAUAUUGCACUUCUGAAAUCAUAUGGAGCUGGACCAUACACAAAGCCAAUCAAACAAGUAGAAGAUGACAUACAAGCAAUUGUCAAGAGAGUUAAUGAGCUUACUGGUAUUAAAGAAUCUGACACAGGUCUAGCCAACCCUGCACUCUGGGAUCUCCAGGCUGACAAGCAAACCCUCACUAGUGAACAGCCUCUACAGGUAGCACGAUGCACUAAGAUCAUCAAUGCAGACACCGAAGAUGCUAAGUACAUCAUCAACGUCAAACAGUUCGCCAAGUUUGUGGUGGAUCUUCACGAUAAUGUGGCACCCACAGAUAUAGAGGAGGGCAUGAGGGUCGGGGUUGAUCGUAACAAGUACCAGAUUCACAUUCCAUUGCCACCUAAGAUUGAUCCUACGGUUACCAUGAUGCAGGUUGAAGAGAAGCCAGAUGUGACCUACUCCGACAUUGGAGGAUGUAAAGAACAAAUAGACAAACUCAGAGAAGUGGUAGAAACGCCUCUACUGCAUCCUGAAAGAUUUGUCAAUCUUGGUAUCGAGCCUCCGAAGGGUGUUCUUCUGUAUGGACCACCUGGUACAGGAAAGACCCUAUGUGCCAGGGCAGUGGCUAACAGAACAGAUGCAUGCUUUAUCAGGGUUAUUGGUUCCGAGCUGGUACAGAAAUAUGUAGGAGAGGGUGCUAGGAUGGUGAGAGAGCUGUUUGAAAUGGCCAGAGGCAAGAAAGCCUGCCUGAUCUUCUUUGAUGAAAUUGAUGCAAUUGGAGGUGCCAGGUUUGAUGAUGGAGCAGGAGGAGAUAACGAGGUCCAACGAACCAUGUUGGAACUCAUCAACCAGCUAGAUGGUUUUGAUCCUCGUGGUAACAUCAAGGUUCUCAUGGCAACCAACCGACCUGAUACAUUAGACCCCGCCCUCGUCAGACCAGGAAGACUGGACAGGAAGGUGGAGUUUGGACUGCCAGAUUUAGAGGGUCGUUCACAUAUCUUCAAGAUUCACGCCAGAUCAAUGAGUGUAGAAAGGGACAUUAGGUACGAGCUCCUCGCUAGGCUAUGUCCAAACUGUACAGGUGCCGAGAUCCGUAGCGUGUGCACAGAGGCUGGUAUGUUUGCUAUCAGAGCCAGGAAGAAGGUUGCCAGCGAGAAGGACUUUAGAGAAGCCAUCAACAAGGUCAUCAAGGCCUACGCCAAAUUCAGUUCCACGCCACGCUACAUGACAUACAACUAGACUAAAUUAGACCUUUGUAAUAACCUGUGUAUGAUACUACCCUACUCUGACAAAAGGAAGCCAGUUUCAAAAGAAAUUUACUACUGUAAAGAGUAAAAUGUGUCUGAGGUAUUCAUAGAUUUUAAUGCAUGAAUAUGGUGUUCAACCAGCCAUAUUUCAUUGAAGGGGUCUAUGUUUUCCUCUGAAAUUUGGCCUGGAAGAAGAAAUAAAUUUGUAAAUUGUAUACAUUAAAAAGUUAAUUUUAGUUGAUAUGUGAUUACUUCCUUUUGGCAAAGUAGGGCAGAAUAGACUUUGUAAUACCAUGUGUAUGAUAGGGCCGUGAGACACAUGUGUGAUGAUGAUUUUGAAACAUAACUCAAAACUUGAAUGAAUAGACGAUAUUGGGUAGCCGAUGUAUCACUCCUUCAAAGUAUUAAGUUGGGGAUUUGAAUGUGUUUCAGAUAUUGCAACUAGAAGAAAACAAUUUGUCUGACAUACAAUUCAACUGAGGGUCGUGUGAAUCUUAGCCAACCUUUUUACCAGAUGUAUAACAGGUUGCAAAAAAAAAAUUAUGUGUCUCAUCCUUACAAAGCCCUUUCACACACAAAGGAACUGACUGUAUCGGUAUUCAAUGAUGCUCUAUUUGUUCCACGAUGGUAUAUUCCAUAAGGGGAAGGUGGGGGGUGUAACUCUGCAUCCUUUAUUGGAAGGUUUACAUGUUACCUAAAUCCCGUAAUGACUGCAUAUGGUUUAUUAAGUGCUCACUUUCUCUCAACCCACUUGACCUAAUAUUCAGAUGAGCUAUCUCUAUUUGGGCUUACCACAUUUGAUCCCAUUUUGUCUUAACCACCAUCAGUUGUUCUGAUUAACAGUAGGUUUCUAAUGACCGCUUGGUCUAAGCCCUACUUAGUCUCAUGAAAAAAUGAAAAAAAUGGUUGGUGAUUUUCACUGACUAAUGUGCUCUCAGCCAAUCAGAUGCAAGGAUUUCAGUAGCUUAUGACAAUAGUCGUUGAAAAUCCCUGACUAUUUAUUUCAUGUAAUGCUCCUAUGGUUGUUGACAACAUGCAAUUAAACAAUGUGGAGUUCAACAAACUCUUAAUUAGGCCAACUUGUUUGAGAACAUGAGCCAAGCAAGAGUUUAUCCCCAUGAGUGUUUCCCAUUCGGUGACAGUGCUAAAUAUGCCAGCAAGAUUGGAGGUUUAAUUUUUGCUGAUUAUUGUAUCAAAUAUUUAAAUUAUUUGUUCAGUUAUCUCUGGAGAUGUAUAAUGCAUUGUUCAUGAUUUGCAGCCUUAUGAUGAAGGGCAUUUUGGCCAGUUUCUCUUUUCAAAUCGAUACAAUAUCUGUGUACAAAUGAGAGCACUUCUCUAUUUACCUUUUCAAUGCUAUACUGGUGCAUACCAAAAAUAGUGGUACGUUCUGUGUUGUGAAAACGGAGAAUGAAUUCACUUUGUGUUCAUUGAAAACCAAACAUGACAAUGAUUUAUUUAUUUGGUUUCGAAUUCCCUUCUUAAUCGUCAAGAUAGUCAGGAAGAUGGUAUUAUUGUACAACAUGAAUAUCAUCUUAUUUCUUACUUGUUUGAAAAUAAUGUGGGGAAACAUUAGUUUGUGAUAAACAAAGUCCUGUUCAUUUAUUAUGUGUUGUAAUGGAAGAAUGUUCAAGAUGAUUCUUGAGGCAGAAUACAAA